AUGCGUCCGCUUCUAGCGCUUAUACCCGUAACUACACGUACCGCUCAACGAAAUUUUCGUACGUCGGCUAUACGUCAUUUACAAAGUGAUUUUGAUCAAGAAUUACUUGCUGGUCAAAAUUUGCCGUUUAACAUUCAGCAUAAGUGGAAAUUAGCUACAUUAAUGAUUAGUUAUGUAUCGAUGGCUGUUGCCAUCCCGCUUUUCGCCUUGCGCUGGCAAAUACUUAAAAAGCGUGCGUCAUAA